GCCUAAGUUACCGAAUAUUCUGGUCACUGGAACCCCGGGAACCGGAAAAACAACGUUUGCAGACAUGAUUGCUGUUUUUGUUGGGUGUGCGGAACUGAGAUUUAGGAGAGAACAGGAAUGAAGCGGAUCACUGUUGGAGAUGUUGUGAAAAGAGAGCAUUUCAGUUCGGGAUGGGACGAGGAAUUCCAGUGCUUGAUUGUCGACGAAAAUGCGGAAGACCAGGUAGGAGAGUUUUGUUAUAUCAACACACAGUUGCUCGAUUACUUGGAACCGAUUAUGAGUGAAGGUGGUGUCGUUCUGGAGCACCACACUGUCGAUUUCUUCCCAGAGAGAUGGUUUGAUUUGGUACUUGUUCUGCGUUGUGACAAUACGAUUCUCUUUGAUCGACUAACUGAAAGAGGUUAUUCGCUGCAUAAAGUCCAGGAAAAUGUGGAGUGUGAGAUCAUGCAGACGAUUUUGGAUGAAGCGCGCGAGUCUUACGACCCUAACAUUGUCCAAGAGAUUCGAAGCGAAACUUAUGAGGACUUGGAGCAGAAUGUCUCUCGAGUGGCUCAGUGGUUGGAGAUGUGGAAGGCAGAUCAUGUAAAUGAAUAG